AUGACCUUGUUGCGUCGAGCCUGUCAGGAUCCCGCACUUCCACCUCAGUCAGACAUGGCACCUCAUCAUAUGGAUUUGAAGGGUCUCAUUCUGCAGAACUGCCGUGUGUCCACCGAAAGCUCGGAUGCUGACUUCGAUGUCCUGACUCGGAUCGACCUAAGCCAUCAGUGGCACGCUUUCGUUCUCAAGACAGAAGGCGGGAAACGCACCAAAUAUCUUGAGGACAAGGCCUCUCGACCCGAGCGUGCACUCGAACUGCUUCACGAAGCCUCGGCUCGUUUGGUAGAUCAGUAUGUUACCUGCCACGGCUACGAUCUUCCUCCUGGUGCUACCAAGAGCUCAUCUGCGAAGCCUUUGCCUCGGACUCUGACGAUUCUGCACUUCCUCCCCGUCGCUCUCACCGACGAAGCUACCGCAGUGGCCGAGGGACUGGUGAAGCAGCCAAGGCACGGCCAGACCGAUCAUCCCCCUCCCCCUCAACCAUGGGGCUAUCCGAUGCCAGCACAGGCACCAGCACCGGCACCAGUCCCUGCCCCUAUUCCAGGCAUUCGACCAGGUCCCUCGAUGGUUCCUCCACCACCAGGUAGAAACAUUCCCAUUCCGCCAAUGGUUGGCAAGUCGUAUCCUGCACGUCUCAACAUUACCUGGCCAGGCAAUGGAAAGAGGAACAUGCUUGUUAAUGUCUCGCCAACUGUUCACUACCUGCAGCAAAUUGCAGUCAACGAGGCAAAAAUGCGCCCCACGGGGUUUGUCAACUCAUCUUCGGCACCAUACCUCCCUUUGCCGAGUCGUCCUAACAACGGCAACGCUCUUAUCAGAGCCAUAGUACGCCGUGUCACGCUGGACGAGGACGACACGUAUGAGAUCGCGGCUUUUGGAAAUGACUUAUCUGCCUUAUUCCGCAGUACCUCGAGCAUCCCCAAGUUCGAGAUUGAAAUCAUCAAUGCCAACAUUGUCCCAGUCUUCCCACCAAUGCCACCUCCGCGUCCCGCCUCGGUUGCCUCCUCGCGAAGCAGCGUCGACAUUGCGGACUAA